CCAUUAGUAAUUAAAUAAAAAACACUGAAGAUAUGCAAAUGUAUAUAUUGAUCUGUUUCAGUGUGUAAUAUUUCAGAGCUUCUUGAAAUCUUACCAAAACUCACAACUAUCUCAAUAUCCUAAUAUGAAAUCACAUUUUUUUUUCUUCCUGUAACUAAACAAACAAGGCAAUUCGGCAUGGAAGGAGUUAUUAUAAAUAUCCCAUUGAUUUACACAAUCUAGACCAGAAUCGGUGUGAAAAUGGCGCGAAAUCUUGCUACAAGCUCACUCCUCGUCUAUUCCAUUCUCUCUUGUUCGGUGCUUGGAGAAAAUCUCACAUUCUUCACCGAAAUCUCCAUUCUGGACCACUUUCCCAGUUUCACUGAAGAUUUCUCAGCUAUCUUGAAUCGUGUGAAAACUAUCGCAAUUGCCAUCGAUGGUGAUUACUACGAAUCAGGAGAUUUCUUGGGAGAUUUAGUGCCGGUGGUGAAGCACAAUCACAGCGUUAUGGUUUACUACUUCUCCUGGGAUCUGGAUGAGCAAGAUCUCUGCUUCAGUGCCUGGAGAGAUGAGAUAUUACAAAGGUUCUACGCCGAAAACUAUAGGCGAAGAAAGCGCUCCAGUGCAGGAAUGGAAGGAAGUCUGUCAGACUUUCAAGAUAGUUGGUUCAGGACUGCCAUUACUGGCUACAUCGUUAUUGUGUCCCUUGAGAUGCUCCCAAAUGCCAUUGACUGUCUUGUGGAUCCUCUGGGCAUUUAUUUAAUCCUCCUUGACGUUGACGCCACGGAGGAGGUGCUGGAGAAAGUCUAUGAAAACAUUAUGAUUGCCUGGGAAGUUGAGAGAUCCUAUGAAGUUUACGUGAUGCUCCACAACGACACCCUGACUAUUCAUCCCUUCAUGCGCAAUCCGCUGCGAAACAACUCUUUCGGUGUUCUCAUGAAUUUUCGCGAGAGACCGGAAAACUUCAUCAAGAACAUGAAUGGUUAUCCGCUCAGGAUCGAAAUGUUCCACUCAGCCUUCAACUAUUUGAGGAUCAACAAAACAACUGGUGUUAAGUACUUCGAAGGAACCGAUGCUGAGGCCAUGAGAGCUCUCAGAGUUUUCAUGAACUUCACCGCGAUCUUCCAGCAACCUGACGGCGAUAUGUUCGGAUACAAACUGCCCAACGGAAGCUUCACGGGAACCCUGGGAAGAAUCAGCACCAGGAAGAGUGAUCUCGCCUUGACGGGUUUCUUCGUCAAGGACUAUUCGAAUCCGGACAUGGAGUUUACGAUGCCGGUUUAUCUCGAUGAGCUCUGUUGUGUUGUCCAGAAGGCAAAGCAAAUCCCCAAGUAUUGGAUUCCCCUGCUCUGCUUUCACGAGUACGUCUGGUUUUGCCUUCUUCUCAGCAUCUUGGCCUCGAGUAGCUUCUGGAGAGCAAUUCGCUGGUGUGAAGAGAGGAUGUUCCCUGACAAGGAACUCCUAAUCCAACUCGAGAAUCAGUCAUCUAGAAAAACGCUGCAGCUUUUCAUCGACACCACGAUCAUCUUCAUCAGUUCUCCUCUAAGACGACAUACGCGGGUGACAAGCGAACGGAUGUUCAUUGCCUCAGUUCUGAUGAUGAGUGUCGUAGUCGUGGCCAUCUUCCAGUCAAAUCUCAGCACCGCCUUCACUAGGCCGAUUUACUAUCGAGAUAUCACGUCCCUGGCGGCCUUGGACAAGGCGAACUUGAAGAUUGGUGUGAAGUACAAAGGCAUGCUGGAUGACUUGUUCCCACCUGAAGAUUCCGAAUUGAACGAACAUCUUCGACACCAGAUCAAGAUUGUUGAUCUGCUGUCCAUACCAUUGAUCGAAAUGGUCAUGAAAGACCCCAGCUUAGCCACAGUCACAAGAAAGUCCACAGUUAAACUCGAGAACGCCAAGUAUUUUCACACUGGAAAAGUGUUUCUGGUCCCCGAAUGUCCCAAAAUGUACAACCUAGCCUAUGUCCUGCCCAAGAACUCAGUCUUCUUCAAGCAAAUCAACUUUGUCAUGCUACAUCUCGACAGAGGUGGCUUCAUGGGGAAGUGGAUUCAGGAAAUGAACUGGAACACAACCUGGCUCAAUAGGAGAAGACUAGGAUUCGUCGAGGAGGAGAAGUUCAGGAUCUACGACUUUGUAGACUUUCAAUUGCCAUUCUAUGUCCUCUUGAUAGGGAGUGUGAUAAGCUUCCUUGUACUGUUGGUUGAAAUUUACAAAUCUAAGAAAGCUAAAAAAUAAAGAACAUCUAAUAAUCGUCAAGUCCUUCUUAAGAUUUAGUACUAUUUAACUGCAAAAUCUGAGUUUUAAC